CCACCCACACACCCAUCUCUUCUCCUCAUCAGUCCUCCUCUCUUCCAGUAUUACUUUCUUAUACUUUGUUCCCCUCAAUUCUCUCUCUCUCUCUCUCUCUCUCUCUCUCUCUGCCUUCCCUUCCCUCCCUCCCCAUUUAUUCUUCGAAACAGUGUUCACACCAUGCCUGAAGCUCCCAAAAACCUGUCGUUAGCAAAUGGUUACGUCUUCGACCGUGAUGGUACAGAUGCCAACAAAAAGGCACUUCAGUUUAUUGAAGAUGUCACCAUUAACGCCGAUCAAGUUCAGAAGCAGGUGCUCGCUGAGAUUCUCUCUCGCAGCGCCCAUGUCGAAUACUUACAACGACGUGGCCUUAAUGGGCGUACGGACCGGGAGACCUUCAAGAAGGUCAUACCCGUCGUUAGCUAUGAGGACCUGCAGUCUGAUAUCAACCGUAUUGCUAACGGAGAUACUUCACCCAUCCUCUGCGGAUUACCCAUUUCCGAGUUCUUGACUAGCUCGGGAACCUCUGCCGGAGAGAGGAAAUUGAUGCCCACCAUAGAAGAAGAGCUCAACAGGCGAUCGUUGCUGUACAGCCUUCUGAUGCCUGUGAUGGACCAAUUUGUUCCUGGUUUGGACAAAGGCAAAGGGAUGUACUUCUUGUUUAUAAAAUCGGAGGCUAAAACACCAGGAGGACUAAUAGCUCGCCCAGUCCUCACUAGCUACUACAAGAGCUCACAUUUUAAGCGCAGGCCUUACGAUCCUUACACCAACUACACCAGUCCAAAUGAGACCAUUCUCUGUCCAGAUUCUUACCAGAGUAUGUACACCCAGUUACUCUGUGGGCUCUGUCAAAACGAGGAAGUUCUACGAGUUGGAGCUGUCUUUGCUUCCGGCUUCAUUCGAGCAAUCCGAUUCCUCGAGAAACACUGGUCCCUCCUCUGCAACGACAUCAGAACCGGAACCAUUAACCCUCAGAUCUCAGACGCAUCGGUGAGAGACGCCGUCUCCAAAAUUCUUAAACCAAAACCCGAGCUUGCAGACUUUAUUGAGGCCGAAUGCAGAAAGGAGACAUGGCAGGGGAUCAUAACUAGGUUAUGGCCCAACACCAAAUACAUUGAUGUUAUCGUCACCGGGACCAUGUCUCAAUAUAUUCCCACUCUAGAUUACUAUAGCAAUGGCCUCCCCCUCGUCUGCACCAUGUACGCAUCUUCCGAGUGCUACUUCGGCCUAAAUCUCAAUCCUUUGUGCAAACCUAGCGAAGUCUGUUAUACACUCAUCCCGACAAUGGCCUACUUCGAAUUCUUGCCUGUACAGAGGAAUAACGGAGUCGCCAAUUCGGUCUCCGUACCCAAAUCCCUGAACGAGAAGGAGCAGCAAGAUUUGGUCGAUCUCACUGACGUCAAGCUCGGUCAAGAGUACGAGCUCGUUGUCACCACUUAUGCAGGACUGUAUCGGUAUAGAGUUGGAGACGUGCUUCGAGUCGCGGGGUUCAAGAACAAUGCCCCACAGUUUAACUUCAUAUGUCGAAAGAACGUUGUUUUGAGCAUAGAUUCGGACAAGACCGACGAAGUCGAGCUGCAGGCUGCAGUGAAAAACGCCACCAAUCAUCUGGUGCCGUUUGACGCGACUCUUACUGAGUACACAAGCUAUGCGGAUACAACGACCAUCCCCGGCCACUACGUCCUAUAUUGGGAGCUACGCCACGACGGUGUAACUCCAAUUCCUCCUUCGGUUUUCGAGGAUUGCUGCCUCACAAUUGAGGAAUCCCUCAACAGCGUCUACCGCCAAGGCCGUUCCUCGGACAAAUCUAUUGGCCCUUUAGAGAUCAAGGUAGUCGAGAGCGGCACCUUCGACAAACUCAUGGACUAUGCUAUCAGUAGAGGAGCUUCAAUAAACCAGUACAAGACACCACGCUGUGUGAAGUUUGCUCCCAUUGUCGAGCUUCUGAACUCCAGGGUUCGUUCGAAUUAUUUCAGCCCAAAAUGCCCCAAGUGGGUUCCAGGCCAGAAGCAAUGGUGCACGCACAAUUGAUUCCCCAUCAACUGUUUAUGAGUUGGUUAUUAGUUUUCAUCAAAUUUAAGUAGUGAAAGAAUACGAAUGGAAUUAAUGGAGCUGUUUCUGUGGUCACAGCAAAACAAGUCCCUCACUUCAUUAGAUUAACCUCUUUCUUCUUGUUUUAACUUUUGUUUUAUUUAAUAUGAAUAGACUCAGAAUUAGCAGCAGUGUACAAAACAGUUGCAGCUUUAAGUAUGCUUUUUUAUUUAUUUUU